AUGGACCAGACGCCCGCCCCCAUCUUCCGCCGACAGCGCCCUCUCAUCCCGUCCUCGUCGGCCGCGAUCCCUUCGUCCUCUCCCGCCUUCGGCACCCCCGUCCAUCCUCUCAGACCCUUCGCCGUCAACGCCCCGAAAGCCGCCAUUCUCCCCAUCAUACUUCCUCCUGCGACGCUCCGACCUCUCGCGUUCCGAACAUUCACCAAGAAGCACUCCCUGACCCUCACCUCGUCCGCCCUCCAAGAACUCGCCGCCUUCAUCGGUCGGCAUUGCGGGUCAGGAUGGCGCGAAGAAGGCUUGGCGGAGCGGGUGUUGGAGGAGAUUGCCCGAAGUUGGAAGAAUCGCAAUGGCGGCGUCAUUGUCGAGGGUAGUAGCAAGGAGCUGCAGGAGAUCAUCAAGACAUUGGAGGGAAACAUGAGUGGUGGUAAAAUCACUGGCCCGGGAAGGGGACUGCCGCGGGGAGACAGCAUGCUCGAUAUCAAAGACGGCGAUGUCAUGAACACCAGACUAGGAAUACGCCCAGCCCUUCUCACGAGAGAAGACAGCAAUACCAGUUUUGGCAUGUCUGGGUUGGGUGUUCAGGAGGAAACCGAAGACGAGGAGAAGCACAACGACCCCAGAGCCUGGCUCAAGGUCAUCGACGCAUACGAGCAGCCAAGGUUAAUCUACAACGUUGGCAAGAAGCAUUUUGAGAGAGAAACGUCGGCCCCCUCGCUAUUACCUCCCGCAUCACACAAAACCACCGUUUACCGCAACCGCUACAAUGUCAUCCACCAACGACUCCUCCGCAACGAAUCCUUCCAGACCUCCGCCGUCGCCUCCUCUCGGAAGCGCACCCUACAACGCUCACUCUCUACGCAACAAUCCCUCAAACUUACCCCCAUCGCCAACCUGCUUGGUCGCCACGGCAGCAACCACAUGCUGCUGGGCCAGCUCGUCAUCCUCCCCACCGGCGACCUUGCUAUCAGUGACCUGACGGGCACCAUUGCCCUCGACCUCGCUCAGGCUGUCGCCAUUCCUUCAGACUCUGCCUGGUUCUGCCCUGGCAUGAUCGUCCUAGUGGACGGCGUGUACGAGGAGGAGGACGAAUCCAUUGGAAGGGGGCUCAGCGGAAGCAGCGGUGUCGGUGGAACACUCGGUGGUCGCUUUCAGGGCUUCUACAUCGGCCAACCGCCGUGUGAGAAGCGCAAGGAGACGCUGGGUAUCAGUGGCGGUGAUGGGGGGCACGAACAAACCAUCGGCGGCGGCUUCGGCUGGAUCGACUUCCUCGGGGUUGGCAGCGAGCGAGCCGUCGGCGCCAAGAUGCGCAGGCUCGAGAACCGCCUCCUCGCCCCCUCUCAAGACGACGAUGUUCCCUCUCGUAACCGCAUCGUCAUCCUCGGCGAGCUCAACCUCGACCAGCCGCGCACCAUGCAAGCGCUCCGCAAGAUCCUCGCCCUUUACGCUGCCGAGCCCGAAGGGUCCAGCCCCUUGACAUUCGUCCUCACGGGCAACUUCACCCAGCAAGCCGUCAUGGCUCGCGGCGGCAGUGGUGGCAGCAUCGAGUACAAGGAAUACUUUGACGCCCUGGCGUCGACUCUCAGCGACUUUCCCACCCUCCUCCAGUCGUCCACAUUCGUCUUCGUCCCCGGAGACAACGACGGCUGGGUUUCGGCCUUCACGGCCGGCGCCUCCGUCCCGCUGCCCCGAAAACCCGUCCCGGACAUGUUCACAUCCCGCAUCCGUCGCGCCUUUGCCACCGCCAACGCCGAGGCCGGAGGCAAAUCCGACGGUGCGGCCAUCUGGACCUCCAACCCUGGCAGACUCACCCUCUUCGGCCCCAACCACGAACUCGUCUUGUUCAGGGACGACCUCUCUGCGCGUCUCUCCCGUACCUCGGUCCGCCUAAAACACACAGCCGCCGACCCAGAACCCAGCGAAGAAGCACCAACCCAACAACCUAACUCCCCUGAAGAAACCCCCGCCUCUGAACCCAUGGAUGUCGACGCCGACGCCCCUGAGCAGACCACCGCUUCGUCAUCCACGACACUCCCUCAGGACCUUCACACUGCCCACAAGCUCGUCAAGACGAUCCUGGAUCAGGGCUACCUGGCUCCCUUCCGCCAGUCCAUCCGCCCCGUCCACUGGGAUUACGCGUCCGCCUUGCACCUGUACCCGCUACCCACGGCCAUGGUGCUAGUCGACACGACGGCGCCGCCCUUCUGUGUUACCUACGAGGGUUGCCACGUCAUGAAUCCUGGCAGCGUGCUCGUUCCAGGCCGCAAGGGCGUCGGGCGUUGGGUCGAGUACGAGGUUGGCGGCACGGGCAAGUUGAGGGAGUGCGCAUUCUAG